UCAAGGUCAUACAUUUUGCUGGACAAUUAUUUGUGUAUCCUUGUUGUAAGAAAACCUCAGCUUCAUGAGUCCGUAUCGUUCUUUAUCGGUUUUAUUUUCAGAUGGGGUGAGCUAGAAUGUCAUUGGGCGUUAAUUCUAGAAGAAAAAUGCCGCGAGGACACCAUUCUGUGAGAUUCACUAGUGACGAGAUGCCAAAGUACAAAUCACUUUCUUCGUCCCAGGACUAUGGGAACUCCACGGACUCGAGCGCCCCGUACGGGCCGCAGUCCUGCCCCAUGCACGACUCCGGAGCCCCCAGCCCCGACGUCUGCGUGUUCCAGCCAGCAGCGCAGAGGUACCGGCUGAAUGAACAACGAAUAAAGCUGCUGACGUCGAUCAAUCAGAUCGUUCAACAGCGCGUAGACCUGGAGUCGAACAGAGUCACGCUCUCCAAUCUUCUGGACGAGUUGAGAAGGAAGCUUAAGAGAAGAAUAGAUGACUGCCACACCGAGAAGAAGGAACGGAUGAAAGCAUUGAAACAGGCCAAUCACAGACUGGAAAAAGAGAAGUUCAACAUUGUGUCAGAGAUUGAGCAUCUGAAGAGGCACCUGGAGAAGGAGGAGAACCACCACCUCCAACACGCCAGGGCGGCUGUCGCUCAGGCUAUCCAGGGAGUGGUGACGAAAUGCCCGCCGCCAGACAGCCUCUUCCACCAGUGUUCUAUGGCAGACCUGCCUAAUGUGGUUAGCAGAAAUGUUGCCAAGAAUGCACCAUCUAGGAACGCUGAUAAUAAGCUGGCAGCCGCGCGUCUGAUGCGCGACAUUGCUGAGCUGAGGCAGCGCGUGGCUCAGGUGGAGGCGCGUCUCGCUACGGAACUACGGCGUAAGAGACAAGCGGAGUUGGACAUCAUCCGCCUUCGUAAAGAGCUCUCCAACACGAAGACAUACGUCGCUUCGCUGCGGAUGCCGCCGCCGCCUCUGCGCAAGCAAUGCUCCAAGUUCGCUUAGAAUAUACGA